UUCAGAUUUAUUGGUUUGGGUCAAGAUAGCGGGAGGCGGUAUAUUCUCUAUGUCAUCAACUGUCUUGCCGUCGUUUAAAAGCAACUGGUGCUUUGAGGAUGCAAUCAACAUUCACGACGAAUUAUCACAACAACGCUGCCCUUACGACAAACUUCAAGAAAAUGCCAGGGUCUGUACAAUAAACUGCAGCGGCCAAUUUGAAAGUAACAAUUCUUUACACGAUGAGGCACAUUGUGUCAGCUACACCCUAGAGCUUCUGUUGAACCAACGAAGUAACACCUCCAUUUUCAACGCAAAACACUGUAAUAUAUCAAAGUGCAUAAUGACCUGGAUCUCUAUAACCUGUGAUUUAAGAGAUCAAAAUGAAAAUAUCACUGUAAUUGGCGUUUCAAGCAUUAGUGAUUUAACAAACCAUCCAGAUUGGAUUCUGGCCUUCAGCUGCGGAAUAGCAGGUUGUGUCGUUGGUAUCUUACUUACUUUGACCAUACGAUGGUACAAGCACAGAUCACACAGAGGCAACACACAAACACCACCUAUGUUUAGUAACCCAAAUCAAGCAAUCAUUUUGGAUAAUUUUCAUGUGUAUAGUGAUGUCGAAGACACUGUCAAGAUGGCUGUAAAAGCAACACAAGUACCAUCACUUUACGACAAGAGCCCGACAAGUGUCCGAUCGAGGAGCUCGAACGUAUAUCAUGAACUCAGUGAUAAAGUGUACAACUUUCAUUCAACAAGCUUCAUUCAGAAACCAAGUUCAAGAACGAGUAGUGCCUCAGAUAAUUCUAUCAUCAACAAAACUUCAAGGGGAAGUAGCCGAUCAUCAGCGGGGAGUUAUCUUAACGACAAUGCAGCACGAAGAGGAAGUGAUGAAAGCAAAAGAUAUUAUGAACUUGAAAAACGACCGGACAAUGUUAUGAAUAAUUCAAUGAAUGAUAUAUAUUGAGUAUUAUGUUCCAGCUGGUAUUCAUUUCUGCAGUAUAAUUUCCAAGAGAGGCAGAUGCAGGAUCGUGAUAAACACCCCACUGUUUACAAAUCAAUGAUUGCCAAUCAAUCAAUUGUGAAUAAUAUCAGAGAUUUAUUCAAUAUCUAAAUGGUAACAGUUACUUAUUGGAACUUUUGUUGGAGUGUUACAUAGAGUGUAUAGUAAUGAUAACAUCGUAUGUUCCUUUAGCUGUUUUCCAUAAGGGUGGUACAUUCUAAGAGGAUGCCAAAAGGCAAAGUUCAUUACCAGCAAAGAUCAGCAGAAAAAUAGAAUUUGAUUAUACAGCUAUUGAACUUUGCUCAUUCAUGAAGUUGAAAGCAUCAAAUAGAGGAUACCAUCAAUUUCCUUUAUCAAAUAGAUGUAGGUCAAUGCCUGUUUUUAUCAUUAGGGCUAAAAUGAUCUUGCAUUUAAAUUGUUUUGUAUCGUUAAUGAUCAUUUCACUAAUUAGUUAUAUAUUUAGAAUUGGAAAUUAUCAAUUUGCCAUAAUUAUACACAAAGUACAAGAUGCACACGACCUGAUUCAAUUCCUCCAUUUAAUGUCAUUUAUUAUUUUUUAGAAUUCAUUGCAGGACACACCUACGUAUAUUUGGGUCAGAAAUAUAACAUUAAACUGAUCCGUGCACGCGUCUAUCAAUUUAUUUGAAUAUGAUCCAUAAUGUUCCACUCUGGACUUAUCCAGUUUAAAAGGAGCAUAUAUGAGUGAAAAUUUUCAAUAUCAAUUCUUAAUCUUUGUAUGAUAAUCAUUGAGUCGGCAUGCAUCGUUAAUUUUUUUAGUUUGCUUAUCCAGAUAUAAUUUGAUGACAUAAGCUGUUUCCCUGACUAUCUUCUUCUAUUCGAUCUAUGCAUAUACCAACUGGUUAGACUGACAAGACGUACGUGAUAUUUUACAGACUCCUUUACUAACGGCGGGCUAGAUUUGUCUACACCAACUAAAAAGUGUACAUCUUUCCGUAGUGCAAAGGUGUACACGUUUUGGUGUACAUCUUUUACACCAUAUACAUGGCAUGCAUUGGUAAAUGCACUGAGAAAUUCAAUAUGGCUGAAAAAUUGUGAGACGGAAAAUUUCCUUUCGGAAGUUUUCCGUCCAGUUUUUCAUUUGAUAUAUGCAUCAGAUAAAGAAUGAUAAGUUACAUUUCUUAAGUGAAUGAAAAAUUGUUUAGGAUUGGGAAAUAGAAAUUUUGUAUUUAAUUGUCAAGAAUCCGGAAGUCUUUUAGAAAAUACCCUUCUACACAUUUCUGAAAAAUGUUAACAGCACUUUCGUCACUGACAAUUUUAGACUAUCCGUCUAAGUUCAUUGAUUAUUGUUUGACCGACACUAAAAUCCAUUCAAAACAGUUAUCACAUAAAUAAUCAAAGACAGACAAAAAAGCUCUUAUGAAUCUCUCAAAUUGAGUAAAGUCGUUCUAACACCGGUGAUGAUAUGAGAAAAUAGAGUCUUCCAUAUCUGAUCAAUAGUUGGAUUAUUUAUUGAACAUAGACACUAACGUCAAUCAGACCACUGAUAUUCAUGACAAACGACCUAUUCCAGCGUCACCUUCCCAUAGUCAUCUUGUAAUAUUCCCUCAUAAUGUUUUUUACAUCUCUCAACUGAUUGAUAUGCGGAAAGAUGUCCUGCGUAUGAUCGAUUUUUAAAUCGCUACAGAUUAAAGACAAAUAAUGUUUCAGGUAUUCCAACUGUCUCGUUUAAUGUCAGCACUUUGCAAAUGCUAUUUCAUUAUGAUGUUCUAAUUUGCAAGUACGACCUAUCAUACGGCAGAACGCUGUUUGACGUGUUUCAUACUAAUUGCUAGACCAUCAUUUGCACACUGAUUUUGACUUCGGAUUACUCCAUUUACCUGAUCCAAAUAUAAGGCUCUCGGUGGGUGUCACCAGUCAACAGGGGAUGCUUACUCUUCCUAGUCACGAGAUCCCUCCCGUAGUAUAUCCUAGGAUCAGUAGUUGACCUACUCUCAGUUUUGUAUUCUUGUGGUAUUUAUAAGAUAAGUAUACUGUUCAUUAUCUUCACUUUAUCAUCCAUUCCGUGAAAAAUAAAAUAGAACGAGAA